AUGAACAGUUGUACAACAACUACAAAUAUAUUCAAACAGAUAAUAAAUAAUAGAUGGCUAUCAAGGAAGAUAUUCAAUUAUGUUGGUUUGAUACAUGAUCAAUUGAAUGUGAAGAGACACUUAUGGAAUUCAUUGAUUAAACAUUGGCUCAUGUUGAUACAAGAACCAUUGCGCGACAAUAUAGACCUGACCAGAAUGACCAUGUCAGUACAUUUACCAAUGUUUAUUUAUUACAAGGGACACCGCAACAUUGUUGACUAUGUACUGUUGUUAAGACAAGAGAGGUUAUGUGAUGAUGGAACAUAUUACGACCCUGCAUUCGUCAUUGACUUGGAGUACGUCACCGAUUGGAUGGCUGCCACUGGUGACCUUGCAAUUGUCAAACGUCUGGUCGCUCUUGGACUUGACCCUACGCCUCUUGCAUUGGACUGUGCCGGCUCACUACAAAUGGUUCAAUACCUGUGCGCCAAUCAAAGACAACAAUGCACCAAUCAGGCGAUGGACAGAGCUGCGGGUCUCGGAAAGUUGGACAUUGUACAGUACUUGCAUCAACACAGGUCAGAAGGUUGUACCGCCAGGGCAUUGGACAGUGCAGCUGCUAAUGGGCAUCUCGAAGUGGUAGAGUUCCUUCAUAUGAACCGGACUGAGGGGUGCACGACAGAUGCAAUGGAUAGGGCUGCGACCAAUGGACACAUUAACGUCGUGGAGUACUUGCAUCUCAAUCGGACAGAGGGCUGCACAACCAAUGCAAUGGACAAGGCAGCGGCGAAUGGACACGUCAAAGUCUUGGAGUACCUGCAUCUCAAUCGAAGAGAAGGCUGUACUGAAGAGGCAAUGGAUCAGGCGGCAAUGAAUGGUUGGUUGGACUGUGUUCAGUACCUCCAUCAAAACAGAACUGAAGGCUGUAAUGAUGAUUUAUUGGACCAAGUUGCUGGCACUGGAAACCUUGCAAUGAUUGAGUAUCUUCAUUCAAACAUGUUGUUUGAGGGAUGUACAACUGAUGCCAUGAACAGUGCAGCUCAAGAUGGACAACUACAAGUUGUGGAGUACUUACAUCACAAUCGAACAGAGGGUUGUACAACUGAUGCCAUGGACAAUGCAGCACGAAACAAUCAUCUGGAUGUAGUCGAGUACCUACAUAACAAUCGAACAGAGGGUUGUACACCAAUGGCCAUCAUGUGUGCAAUUGGCAAUGGUUCAAUACCUAUGAUCCAUUAUCUCCACGAGCAUCGAACCGAGUGUCGUAUCAAUCUCAAUGAUGCACUUGAGAUCACCAAGAAUGAUGAGAUAAUUCAGUACAUCCAAUGUCUCCAUAUCGGUUCCAAU